UCAUAAACACAUGCUCAUUCGCGUCUUAACCUCUGCUCGAGUAAGGUGUUUCACGUUAACUAUGAAUAUCAGAGAUUGCUUCUGUAUGACGAUCUCACAACUGUAUCUAUUAGUUGUAGGAUAUUAUUUUUGGAUUUUGUGACAAAACGUAUCUGUUUGUUCAUCGCAACCAUAUCUUCAUUUCCAGUGGGUUUAACUACAACCGAUAACAUGAGAAAUUUAAACAGCAAUAACUGCCGCGUGCCAUCAAUUUCACCUUUCCUGACGUCACUUCCUGAUGGACGUGAAGUAGUCAUCGGCUACAUGACAGACCAACAGCUGUCUGAGACCUUUGCCAUGAUCCAGGAAGCUGCACAACAGAGCAACGGAUUCGGCAUCGAUGAAUACUCCAACGAAAAUGAAUUCCGACAAGAUAUCACAGGCGGUUACUGUUUUGCUGUGACGCUGAAGGAAACUGGUGAACUGAUCGCCUCUUUUAUACUAGCUAUCAGCCGCUUUUACCGAGGGUCGACCGUAGCUGAUCCCUUCGUCAUUGUAAAAUCCACCGAACGACGACGUGGAAUCGGAGAGUUCUGUUUACAAUCUGCUGUGGACCUGGCCAGCGAAUUGGGUUUCAUUGGCAUGUACGUCGACUGCUUCAGUAACAACCGAGGUAUGCUGAAAAUCAUUGAAAAUACUGGUGGAUUUGCUAGAGUCGGUUGUCUGCCCCUUGGAGGUCAAAUGAAAACUGGUGAAAUUGUGGGUUCGGUGAUAUUCUAUCGAGAUCUGCGAAGAGAAGAAUAAGAAGCAACCACACACCAUCUACAGAGGCACAGAUUAACCUCCCAGAGUUAUCUCCUCUUUGAUGUCACGUGAUUCAACACGGCCGACAAAACGUGCUGAGCUCUCCCAAAAGCUCACACGUAAACGGUUACGAAAACCACACCACUGACAGACUUCUCGUAGAAGGGUUGCCUUGUUACAGCUUGUCAAGAAAUGACGAAAAGCUUCCAGCUUCCUUCGUUAAUUAUUCAGUUUUGUAGUAACAAUAACAUCCCGAGACUGUCCAGUACUCCAGCGCCAGAAAUCGGGAACAUGCCUCCCAGAAGUAUCGCCAAAAUACGCUUAAGAACAAUUAAGAACAUUUGAAAUUAAGAAAAAGAACAAGAAUAAUGGCGAAAGUGUUCCUAGUGAUCAAGAACAAUUUGUGAAUGCUCAAACUAAACUAAAUGUCAUUCCUACGACUUUGCAUUCCAAAUGUGAAACUCUUCCAAUGUUUGAAAUGAUACGAAAGAUACGAACAUUGCAUAUAGAAUAUGCUAUAACAUAUUUUGUACGAUUUGUUUUUUUACAUCUUUUUUACUGAGUAAAUUAAAUUAUUUUUUUUAUAAAUAAAAUGUUUUGAUAUUUUAA